AUGACAUAUAAGAUCUCUCCAAGUGAUUUGGCGUAUCCUCUCCCACUUCCAGUCUUAACCGGCGCAGAACUAGCUGCUCAUGCUUGGGAUGAAGAGGAGAUUUGUUUGCAUAGUGUUUCCCCAUUGCAGCGCAUGGAGCUUCCUUAUGUUGGGAUCAUCUUCGACAUCUGCCUUCGUCGUUGGUAUCGAGUCAUAGCUCACCAUGAAUAUCCACCCAGCUACCAUGACGAUCCGGAUAGCAUAUUUGAUGAUCCGUACUGGCUUUCAGUGCUUCAGUCAAGUGGACAUCGUGGUCGCAACGACUUCAAUGAGAUUCGAGUGAAUGAUAUAGAUGGGUCGUUGACAUACUGCUUGAACCCGAUACAUUCUAGUGGUAUUCCAAUCUAUGGACUUCAACCUCCACCCCUCGCUUCGUAUAUUCCAUCAAUUCCCUCCCAUGAUCUGAAGCAGAGGCAAUACCUCUUUCGUUCUACGGAAACAUGCUCAGUGCCCUCGCGUGGCUGGCAAGGAGUCGUUUUCAAGCAAAUCCUUCAAGGUCGUGGAGAGGUUACUCGUUUCAAUAGAGAAAUCACCCUGCUACACCUUCUUCGUGAAAGCGAAUACUUUCUUCCAUUGUUAGCCUGUGUUGUGGACACAACCGAUCGAAUGCGAGGCUUCCUCGUUCCUUUUGGAGGUACUCCUUUGGAUAAAUUACCUACCAUUCGAUGGAAGAUGUUCUUGAAUGUAUUGCAAGGGUUGAUAGCAAUUCAUUCAAUACCUGCUCAUGCACUUGAAACAUUGAAAACAGCGGAAGACUUGGAACUUGUUGAGCAUGGGGAUAUCUGUGCUCGGAAUGUGCUUGUGGAUGAAUCAGGAAAGUUAUAUUUGAUAGAUGUGGGUAGUAGGACGGAAGAUUAUCCGGGAGAUCGGAGGGCGUUGAUCGAUAUGAUGAUCGACUUAAGGGCCAAAGCAGGAAAGGGGGAAGAUGAAGUUUUGAUGGAGAAGAUGUUGAAGCUACUGGGAGGCUCGUUGACGCUCCCAGAUAUAGCCAAGGUAUUGCACACAGCCAGACCUUCAGAUAUCAAUGGGAUACUCCGGCUUGACGAAGCGGCGGAUGGUAUUUCAUGA